CCACAGCACACCAGCCAGCCCGCCACCGCACCGCCCCCUAUUAACGACGACCACAACGACGAGCUCACAACCACACACGACGAUGGCGACUGAAACUGUUGGUGAUGCCGUUCCCGCUUCUCAGCGCGGCAGCUGGUCCUCUUUCCUGAAAUCGAUCGCAUCCUUCUCGGGUGAUUUGUCGUCCUUGACCGCUCCCCCUUUCAUCCUAUCCCCAACUUCCUUGACCGAAUUCCCUGCUUAUUGGUGCGAGCGGCCUGAUCUCUUCGCUGCUAUUGCCGAUGCCAAGGAGGGAGAGGAAAGACACUUGGCUGUGCUCAAGUGGUUCAUCAGCACCCUCAAGGACCAGUAUACCUCUCGAAAUGAAGAACUCGGCUCUGAGAAGAAACCUCUCAACCCUGUUCUCGGCGAACUCUUCUAUGCCUACUGGCCUGAUAAGAACGGCCGUGGACAGACCAACCUCUUGGUGGAGCAGGUCUCUCACCACCCUCCCAUUACUGCCUACGUCAUUGAGAACAAGACCAAAGGUCUCAAGCUCGUCGGGCACAACGCUCAGAAGACUACCUUCAGCGCCGGCUCAGUCAUCGUCAAGCAAAUCGGACACGCCGUCCUAACCGUCAAAGGCGUCGAAUACGUGAUCACCCUCCCGCGCCUCAGGAUCGACGGACUCUGGUACGGUUCGCCCUACAUCGAGCUCAUCGACUCGAACCACAUCAUCGGCGAGAACUUUGUCUCCCUCAUCGAGUACAAGGGCAAGGGGUACUUCUCGGGUAAAUCCCACUCCUUCAAGGCUACCGUCUCUCCCGCCAGCGCCGAAGCACCCGUCGCUGCCACCUCAUCCUCGAGUGGCGGUGGACUUGGCGCUUGGGUUGGAUAUGGAAGCAAGAAUUCCUCAAGUACGAGCUUGAGUGGCAAGGAACAUGUCGUCGAGGGAACCUGGCACGAGACGAGUUCAUGGGUUAAGGGUGCCGGAAAGGGCAAGUUCCACGAUUCGAGCAUCGGGAAGGAGGACUUUGUCGUCGUUGGCGGAGAGCCCAACGGCGAGAUGGGCGAGUUUGAGACAAGGAAGUUGUGGAACCUCGUUGCGAAGGGGAUCAGGGAGGGUGACUUUGAAUUGGCGAGUACAGAGAAGAGUAAGAUCGAGAACGACCAGAGGCAGAGGCGGAAGGACGAGGCUGCUGCAAAUACCAAGUGGGCUUUGAAGCACUUCAAGCAUGAAGCCAACGACCCUAUCUAUGAACGCCUCGGCAAGUUUGCAAAGAUUAAUCCUCCUACUGAGGAUAGGUACACCUUCGUAGGCAACUGGCCUCCCAGCCUUGCCUAA